AUGAUUGAAAAAACUAUUAUUAUCACCAGGUGGGACCCGAACAUGUCGGCGGCGCUGCCGGACGGCGAGGUCUUCUACCAGGUGGCGCUGCUGCAGUUCUGCCGGCCCUACCCGGGCGGCGGCCCCGCGGUGAUGGAGCUGGUGGCGCAGAACGGCGCCGUCGUCGACGCCUGCCGGAGCAACGGCUACGACUUCAAGAUCUACUUCCGGCGCUACCACACCGAGGCGGACUGGGCGCGCCACUUCGGCGCUAAGUGGGCCCGUUUCGUCGAGCGCAAGGCCCGCUACGACACGCUGGCGAUCCUCGCGCCGGGCCAGAAGAUCUUCGCCAGGACACCUUCGUCGUCACGGGUGGAUCGAUCGUAG